AUGCGGAAAGCAAGCAACCAAAUAAAAGGACAUCUAACAAGUCCUUCAACUUCACCUUUUGCUUUGGAGUUCUAUCACCACUGCAAACAAGUGAAGUAUCAGAUGAACGGAUUACGAUGGUUACUGUCACUAUACAACAACCAUUUGAAUGGAAUUCUAGCAGAUGAAAUGGGCCUGGGGAAAACUGUUCAGAAAAUCGAUACUAAUUUGGGAAUGGAAGCUUCUGAAGACAAAAACAUAGUUAAUGAGACUCUUAUAGAGAGUCAACUAGCUAGUCAACCCACCAAUCUAGAAGCAUUAAGUGCAGUUAAGACGUAUGGGUUAAAGGAUGAGGUGGAAAUGGAAUCAUGUGUAAAUAAUCAUGUAUUAAAGAAAUAUUCUAGUAGGGUACAUCUAUCCUUCUAUAGUGAUCAUGUUCACAAGCAUAAUAGAGGCAAUAUGAAGAUAGAUAUUAGAGAUGAUGAUGAAAGUUAUUUUAGGUAUAAUCAUUAUAAUAGUAAAAGGAGGGCGUUUGGGUCAAGAUCAUGUGAUGGAUACAAAAGAAUAAGGAAUAUGUUGACUUCUAGGUAUCGUAAAGUAGCUCCAAAACCCAAGGAUUAUGGUAGUGAAGUUAGGUCCUUUUACCAUAAAAGGAAAAAUAUAUACAUGAGAGAACAAUAUCAAGCAGAUAAAGCAUCUAAGAGGAGGAAGUCUUUCCAUCAUUGCUCAAAACCUGCAAACACUAAAGAUACUUAUGUGAAAUUUAGUAUAAAGUCGUUUAAAGUGCCAGAAUUAUACGUUGAGGUACCUGAGACUGCAACUGUGGGUUCACUUAAGAGGAGUGUGAUGGAGGCUAUUACAGCUAUUCUACAAGGUCAAUUACAUGUAGGGGUACUUGUUCAAGACAAGAAAGUUAGAGAUGACAACAGAACAUUAGAACAAACAGGGAUUUCCCAAAAAUGUAAUCUUGAAUCUUUAGGAUUCACAUUGGAGCCUACUUUACCUGAGCCUUCUUCUCCAUCUCCAUCUCCAUCUCCUAUACAGAAAGAAACUCCAUUAUUGAUACCUUCUAGUCCCGUGUUGGAGAAGAAUGAAGUAGAACAUGUGAAUGCAAUAAGUGAAGAAGAAGGAGGAGAACAAGUGGCAGAUUCAAAAGCUCUUGUGGUUGUAGAUCCUGAGAUACACUCAAUUGUCCCUUUGAGUGAACCAGGAGACCUUUUUCAGUGUCUGAAGGAGAAGCGCUUGUGGAAGCUGUUGAGACCCUUGGAGCUGGAAGAUGGCGUGAUGUUAAAUUGGCAGGCACAUGCUUACUGGUCUCAACAUCAAAAUGAGAAACAUCAGAAGACAACAAUGCCAAAACUGAGCAAGAUACAUUGGCAUUAUAUUAUAACUGAUGAAGGGCAUCAGCUUUUUGACAGAAUUGUUCAAAAACGAAAGCUCCCAGAGAAGGAAGCCAGGGGAUACUUUCAACAUCUUAUUGAUGCAGUUGCCCAUUGUCAUUCCAAGGGUGUAUAUCAUAGGGAUUUAAAGCCUGAAAAUCACCUUCUUGAUUCCAAAGAAAGGCUAAAAGUUUCAGAUUUUGGACUCAGUGCACUCCCACAAGAAGUUUUAAGAAAAAGUGGAUAUGAUGAUGGAGCUGCUGAUAUCUGGUCAUGUGGAGUCAUCAUGUAUGUCCUGUUGACCGUAUAUCUUCCAUUUGAGGAGUCAGUGCUGCUGAAUUUUCAUAUCCUUUCUGGUACCCGAAUCAUUGAAGGAAACCAUCCCCCGCCCUCAUGGCCUAUUGAAGGAAAAAUUGAAAUCAUUGAUUUGAAGGAGGGAAUUGAGAUUGCAACCAAAUAUGAUGAUGCCUUGUUGCUGUUUAGUGGUGGAGAGACUCGUAAAGAUGCAGGACCACGAAGAUAUAAUGUUGUGAUACCAAAUCGGCGAGAAAUCGGAAAGGUGUGAGGGUAUACAUUUAACAUAAAUUCGGGGGCUCAAUUCAUUUGGAAUAUCCAUCAUCCCAUCAAGUUUGCUAAUGUUCAAGUCAUUACUUGCCAUCCAUGCCCGAUGGACAGCAGUCCAGUACACUAGGUGGCAAACCAAUGAUAUGGAGGAUUUUUUUUGACAUGAUAUUAGAAACAAGAAGGUGCCUUUUAAUAUCAAUGUAGUAUUAGGUUAUAUAGUUAUGGAAAACCUCUUGAUAACAAUGUACAAUCAGACCCCCUUAAUAGCAAUGUAU